GCGACCAUCAGUUGUAGCUCCGAGCUCAAGUUGUGAAGAUGAACCACGUGCGGUGUCUCUGUCUAAGUCUCAGUCUGCUUCUUUUACUCGGAAGCGCGCAGGCUGACUGCCAGCUAAAUACAAAUGAACUAAAGCAGACUAAUCGAGUUUUUGCCACUCGCGAUGGUUCGAGUUAUCAACUGCUGCGCAAGGACUUGCUUCCUAACACUGCAAGUGUGUAUUCGAUUUGCAAUGCCGCUGACAUAAUACAAUCAAGGUGCACUGGAAAUAACUUCAGCCCACCACUGGCCACAACUGGUUGUUCUCAACCCAUAAGCCCAGUGGUGGAGGCGAUCGCCGAUUCCAGUUGCCCUCACACCAUGUAUCGUGUGGGCUAUAAUGUCAGAAAUUUAGUGUUUCUGGAGAUCUAUAGAAGCUGCUACGAUGCUUCGAACGUUAAAGCGCAUUUUACCAUUUACAUGGCCCACACAAGCACCUCGGAGGCGGAUCGUCGAGAGUAUUUCACAACUGAUCGCAUAAUCUCUGGAGCAGCUGCGAGCUCGUUUCAGAAUCCCAAGAUCUAUGAAAGAUACCAACAACUCCUGGCACCCCAGACAUAUUUUGUGAAGGGCGAGCUUCUGUACGAUCGUGGCCAUCUGGUGCCAUCCCUCGACUUUGCCUUCGAGGCGAGCCGAGGACAGACCAACAAGUACAUCAAUUUGAUACCACAGUUCAAAACAAUCAAUCGCGGCAACUGGAAAACCAUCGAGAACUGGGUACGCCGACAGCUCUCUCAGGGACGCUACGAUGCUCUGAAAGUCUGCACUGGUGUCCUGGGAGUGCUCGAGUUGUACUCGCGAAACGCUGAUAUUCCAAUUUUUCUGCUGGCCAACCCAAACAGGAAUCCCGUUCCCAAGUGGAUAUACAAAAUUGUAAGCCACAUAUCAGGCGCCCACUUUGUUUUCCUCACCUACAACAACGCCCAUGCAACCACACGGCCGACUGGACAAGACGUGUCAAACGUUUGCACAGAAGUGCCGUGCUCAAACUCCGGACUCAGUGUACGGGACGAGGGGAGGGCCGGAUACACCUUCUGCUGCGACCCGUACGAUUUUAUUACUAGAAAUCUGCCACAUUUAACGGGAGUUUGCUGAACCUUAGCAUGUGAAAGCUUUUGGAGCCCCCGUUUUGUAAUCUAAGUGUGGAACAUGGCUAAAAGCUCAAAAAUAAAGCUUUUGGUUGGUA